UUUUCUUAAUCAUCACUGGCAACAAAAGCUCGGGCGUACUGUACUUGGAUGUUUUGAAGUACGUUUAACAUUUCCAAGUUUCUUUCUAGUAUAUAUAAGACCGAUGUACUGUUCAAAAGUCAUCAUCAGUUCAGCUUUGGAUCAUUGUAUGACAACAGCAUAUCAUCUGAUCCAAAAUGCGCUGUCUUAUCCCAAUGUGUCUUGUGCUUGUGUUCUCCAUCGUGGUGGUUCACACCUUCGAGUUUGGCCAUGGCCAUGACGACCAUGGCGGCUUUGAACUAGGCGGCUACGGCCAUGGCCACGGGCAUGGCCAUGGUCAUGGCCAUGGCGGAGGCUAUGGCAAGAAAAAACACGGUGGUUACGGCAAGAAACAUGGCGGUUACGGCAAAAAACAUGGCGGCUACGGCAAGAAACAUGGAGGUCAUGGCGGAGGCUACGGCAAAGGCCAUGGAGGUCAUGGCGGAGGAUACGGCAAAGGCCAUGGACAUGGUCAUGGGGGCGGCUACGGCAAAGGCCAUGGCGGCCAUGGUGGUGGCUAUGGAAAGGGUCAUGGACAUGGUCAUGGUGGUGGCUAUGGGAAAGGUCAUGGCGGCCAUGGUGGCGGCUAUGGGAAGGGUCAUGGUCAUGGUCAUGGCGGCGGCUAUGGCAAGAAACAUGGCGGCCAUGGUGGAGGAUAUGGUCAUGACGAUCACGGACAUGGUCAUGGUGGAUACGGUCAUGGCGAUCACGGGCAUGGUCAUGGUGGAUACGGUCAUGGCGAUCACGGUCAUGGCGGCUACGGUCAUUCUGAUCACGGUCAUGGCAGUGGAUAUGGUCACCACAGCGGGUUUGGAUCCAAUUUUGGAUUCACGGACAAAUUCUUCAACCGAUAAUCGACUUCACCCUUUCUCGAAACCUCUCCUUAGCUCUGCUUGAACCAAGUUCAUUCAGUUUCCAGAGCCUCGAAACAACUCAAACUCCGGAUUAUCCACUGCAAGCAGCUCUUAUUUGUGAUAGCCUAGAUGGUCGUUUUUCGAUCAGCCGUGGCCUUUUGGUGAUACGUGAUAGAAUGUGAAGUGAUGACACGCUCCUUGGGUUCGUCGCUUCCGGAGAGUGAAACGCCUUGCAGCUCCUUUGUUUCCUACAUUUGUUAUUGUUAAAGCACAAUAAGAUUCCAUUUUAUUGUCUUGUUCACAGCUCACAAGUCGUUGUUGUUAUCCGCAUAAGCUCAGUCAAUCGUUGUUAUCAGUUUAUUAUUUAUCUUUAUCUUAUGGUAAUACAGUCUUAAGUGCAUCCAUCUAACCA